GGUGCGGGAGAGGGGGUCCGACCGACCGACGCACAGGCGGGGCCUCCGUCGCCUUGGCCACUCCUCGUCUUCCCUCCUCCUCCUCCGCCUCCUUUUUUUUUUUCCGCCUAGGCUGACCCAGCCAGGCGGGCUGAAAGGAGGCGAGCAGGCGCCCUGGGCCCGGCUUGGCGCGCCGGGUGGAGUCUCGGCGCCCCCUUUCCCCCCCCGCGCCCGCCUCCCUCCUUUCCCUCCGGCUCCCACCCCCUCGGCAGAGGCUGCUGAGGCGCAGCGGGGGCGCGAAGGGUGCCGCCGCCGCCGCCGCCUCCACCGCAGCCUGGGCCUGAAACAAGAUGGCGGCCCCGGGCGAGUACUUCAGUGUGGGCAGCCAGGUGUCGUGCCAGACUUGCCAGGAGCAGCGGCUGCAGGGCGAGGUGGUGGCCUUCGACUACACCAGCAAGAUGCUGGCGCUCAGUAUCCUGCUGCUUGCGUGGAAGUGGUGGGAAGGGGGGGCCGGGUGGGGGCAUGGCGAGGGCUGGUUGCCGGCGCCCUGGCCUGGCGCUAAGGGAAAUGGGGCUGGUGGAUGUUCGCGGGGAGGGAGGAGGCACGUGAGGUUUCCUCGGUCGGCCUGAUCUGGGGGAGUCGGGGGGGGGUUGUGUUUGGGAAGGUUGAGGUUUGGCUGGGGGGGGGUUGGCGGUGUAGCGAACCAAGAGACGGAGGGAAACCGCCGGCGUGGUUUUGGGGGGGGGCGGGGAGAGAAAUAGAAUUUUUUUUGGGGGGGUACUUGUUAGCAAAAGGAGUGUAUGCGUGUGUGUGUUUAUAUAUGUGUGUGUGUAUAUGUUCAAUAUAUGUGUGUGUGUUAUAUUAGAUAGAUCUAAAGAGAUAUGGGUAUAUUUUGCUGCCUGGAGGGUAUAUCUUGCCUCUCGUGAGCCACAGGGACCUCGAAAGGGAGGUGGGGAAUAAUCCUGUUUUGUUUGUUUUUCCAAUGGAGGAUUAGGGAGGCUUGCUAGGUGAAAUCUAGGAAAGGGAAACUUAAAAGGGUGCUCCUGGGCAUGAGCGAAAAUGAAAGCUGGUGGCGGCCUUAUUGAGAGGAGGAAGGCUGAAGUGGGAAUUGGAGCUGGGGUGGGUGGUGGGAUGUGUCAGAAAACAGCUUUUUGGUGUGUAGAAAAAGAGGCCAGGGCAGGAUUUUUAGUGACCCAAGUGUUGGAAGAUCCCCAUAUUACGAAAGAUGGGGAAAGCCCCUCUGAACUUGACUCAGGGCUGCCGCAUGGAGGCAUGUGCUUCAGGUGAUUUCUCAACACUUGGUGGGUAGUAUAGCCUGAAUUUGCGGCCUGAACCCGCUGAAAAACGUGGUGUUUUAAAUGAAAUGAACCUUUUCUAUGAUAGACAACGACUUGCACAUGUGAAGGUUAAUCUAAAAUACUUAACAUGGCUGUCCUAAAGUAAUGAAUGUGUAUGCUACAAACAUGCUUAUUAGACUUGGGGUAUGUAUUAACUGCCCACAGUGAUGCCAGUUGAGAUAAGGUUAGUGCUGAAGAAGGGUUGAUGUGUUCCUUACAAAGCCCCAGGGGUCUGUGUUGAGCACAUUCAGGCAUCAACAAUAAAUUAGGCCUAAAAUGUAGUUCGCCCCAAAAAAUGUCUUUGGAACCGAGAUAAGGAUUUGGUGAACUUGAUGUACCUGGGGGCAGGGAGGAAGCUUUGAUGCUGGAUUGUGUUGCUGAACAUGUUUAUUGGGGGAUUUUUAGAUCUUUGGUUUUGGAUAGCAUCCCUGGGAAAUGUUAAGAUCCAUGUAGCUUCUUUCUCCAUGCUGGCAGUAAGGGGGGUGUAAGUGGGGAAUGUUUUCCUUGCAUAUUAGAAGUCCAUUGUGACCAUUCAGACAUGAAAGGGUGAUUGCAUGCUUCCCCUCGCUCUCAAGCCCUGAUUUAACUGUAGUUAUGUGUUUCAUUGUCACCAGUUGUUGACUGUAGUUAAUAUAAAUGCAGAUGUACUACUUGACCACAUGGUUAAGGCAAGCAGGGAAAUUUGAGCUAGAAAUGGGGAGAGGCAAUAUGUAACACUCUCAAUUUUGUCUGCAUGGGCAUUGGGCCAUUGUACCUAAAGUAGAUUCCUAGGCUAUAAAGCAUAUUGGGCUCAGGUACUUAAGCUUUUGUUGCUUCCCAAUUGCAAGAAUCCAUCACUUUGCAAAUUGAUGGGUCCUCCCAGGGAUGGCAUGUGCCAGGGCAGGGUGCCUCAUAUGUGUCUGUUGUUGAGAGCCCAGUUAAGUGUCCAUGCUUUGAGCUUGGCAUACGUCCUGUGUUUCUAGAAGUUGGGUUUAUAAAAUUCUAUGUGGUCUGGGAAAGGCGGGUAUGAAAAAGGUUUUCACCUUGCCCCGUAAUAAGAGAACCUGCCGUCAUCCAAUGGAAAGUUGAGGCUUUGGACGGAGCAAAGGAAGGACUAUUUUGCACAGUGCAUAGUUAACUAAGGAAGUCUCUAACACCAAAUGUGGUAACUUCCAGCUUAGCUUUAAAACAAGGUUGGACAGUUUCAUGAUGGGUAAGCCCAUUAGUGGCUACUAAUCUUAAUGGCUGUAUAUUACACCCAGGGUCAUCCAGUGAAGUGGAAUCAUUCAGAGGCAACAUGAUUUUCAGUAUUGGUUUCUGGGGAAUAAGGGUGGGAGAGAACUGUUGCCUUCCUGUCCUGUUUGUGUGCUUUGUGUAGGCAUCUGUUGAGCCACUGUGGGAAAUGGCAUGCUGGACUAGAAAGGUCUGUGCCCUGAAUGCAGCAGGGGUCUGCCUUAUAAGUAACACUGCCGUGCGUGUUCUGGGUUAUUUGACUGCAGCCGUGCAAAUAAAAACAUCCCAAAGCCAUUUGCACCAGUAUAUCUCUGGGCAGUUUGAAUGGCGAGACUAGCAAGCUGCAAAAGCAACUAAUACCAGCAGUCUUCUGGGUGCCUAAAAAAAGUGCCCAGUACUUUGAACAUUCAUAUUUUACCUGUUCCUAUGUUUAGUUUUGUGUUCACAUCCCUGGGAUGUAAAUUUGUCAUGAAUUUGGAGUGAGCCAACCCUUCACUGGAGGUUCUGUAGAUAGGAUAGUGUUGCUUUGUGGUAACGUGUUACAGUAAUAUGUUACCUAUUGUAACAUGCUCCCUAUAUUGUUGCACAGAAAGUUUACAACAACUGCAACCUGUAGAGCAGCUGGCUAUAAACUUCAUGCAUGAAACUCAUGCAGGGACUACAAACAUCCUUGGAAGUGGAUCUUUGCAAUUAGGCAUUACAUGUGUAAACACUCUUCCUUCAAAUGGUAUUUGUUCUUUGAGCUGUUGAAUUAUAUAUUUUUUGGAUUUGUUUCCUUAACGAUCUUUUCCUCCAGAAUGCCCUUCGUCAAGCGGCAAACCUAACCACGCAGAUAUCUUGCUUAUAAACUUACAGUACGUUUCAGAUGUGAAAAUAAUUAAUGACCGUACAGAAACCCCCCCACCUUUAGCUUCUCUCAAUGUUAGCAAGGUAAGAAUCCUUUUUGGGGGUUGGUUUUCCAGCCAAUUAGAGUACUGGAGCAUGUUUAAAACCUUUAACAGCAUGACAUUUCUCUGUUUAUUUAACCAAGCUGUCUGCUUUGUGAAUUUCAGCAUGGCAUGGUUAGCCAUAUUGCGGUCCUUUGGUUGGUGCAAUGAGCCCAUCUAUAUGCCCCUUUUUAUACUAUUUCAAACAUUUUUUAAGAGAGUUCAGAAUUGUCAAGGGAGUGUCUGUAAUUGGUUACAGUGAAAGGAAAAUUAAAUAAAACAGCUCUUGCUUUAAACAAUGGUGAACUUAACUUUGGAAACAUUGGAGAGUUUUAUCUGGUUUAGCUGAUGCCUUUUAGUUAGGAUACAGGUUUCUCAUCUACCUGUAUCCCCAUCAUGGGCAGCCUCACAUCUACAAGAUUGUAGUUACUGUUUCUUUCUUAGCGCCCCUUCUCCACCCCUGUAAGAUUGUCUCCUGCAAGGUGACCCAGUAUUGAGCCUCUUCAGUCUCCCUUACAAACUCCCAGCUCUGGUUACCUUGGUGUGGAAGCAAUUGAAAAAAGAAUUGCAAGAGCCAUGAGAAGAGACUCAGGUUUUGUGUAGUGGUUAGAGGUUCCCCAAGUCUUGCCCUUCUACACAUGGUUUAUUUAGGGCUGGAAUGUGGAAGGUUGAAAGAAGGCUCCCAUACACAUGCACCUUGCUCACUCUCACAGUACACAGUUUAAAAGGCAAUGGACUGUGAGUAUCAUGAGAGUAGAAAUAGCACAUUGGCUUAAGAGCAAAGCCAUUUGGCCUUCCAAAAAGAGGAGUGAGUUAGGGCAUCACAUAAAACCAAAGAAAAUGGGUGCUGUAUCAUGCUGAAAUACUUUCUCCCCCCACACUAUAAUAUCUGCUUACUGCCUUUCAGACUUGUCUGUACAGUGUUAUAAUUUUGCUAAGUGUGUUUGCCUAUCCUGGUUCUUGCAUCUGUUGGGAGGAAAACCUCUGCCCACAUUAUGGAGGAUUCCUCAUCACUGGCAUGUGUUGUUCAAAAAACAGAAUAUGCCAACUGAAAGUAUAUUCUCUAUACUUGGGGAUAUUAAGUAAUUAAGAUAUUAAAUCUGUUCGACUUCCAAAACGUUCAAAAAUCAAAUCGCAGCUUCUGAUUGGCUGCAGGAAGCUCCUACAGCCAACCAGAAGCUGCUGAAGCCUUGUUGGAUGUUCGGCUUCCAAAAAUAAUCCACAAAUCAUAACAAUUAACGACAUUUGGGAGCCAAAACGUUCAGGAACUAAGCUGUUAAAAAACCAAGGCACGACUGUAUUUCAGGUUAGUUCAUAACCCAAGUUCUACCACAAAUUGCACUACAGUGUAGUGUAAUGGAUUGUGUUUACCUAAUUCCUCUUCUUUCUUUAAUAAAAAUCUAAUUACUUCCAAAGGUUGUGAUUUCCAUAGAGCAGGCACCCCCAAACUUGGCCUUCCAGAUGUUUGGGACUACAAUUCCCACCAUCCCUGACCACUGGUCUUGUUAGCUAGGGAUGGUGGGAGUUGUAGUCCCCAAACAUCUGGAGGGCCGAGUUUGGGGGUGCCUGUCAUAGAGCUACUGUGUGCUUUGCAUCAUUGAGGGCAGGGUACAUGAGAGGCCGGGGUGUGUCUGCUCAUGAGAUGGAAUAUGUUGCAUCCCCUGUCAUGCAAAAAUUAUUUUCCUUCAAAUAGAACUGUAUUUGAGGCUUAGAGUGUCUGCAGCCAUUUGCGAUCCAAGAUUAAGAUCUCUGCAUUUCUGAUAUCUCCUUUCCAGCUUGCGAACAAAGCACGGAUGGAGAAGGAAGAAAAGCUGAGCCAGGCAUAUGCAAUUAGUGCUGGGGUCUCAUUGGAAGGACAGCAGCUUUUCCAGACUAUACACAAGACGUAAGUAUUAGGGAUGGGAAGGAAAAAUGUGGAGUUAGAAGGCAGCUGGGGAGGGGCAGAGACCUGAAUCCAAUUACUAAAUGCAGAAAUCGCUGUCAAAUGCAUCCACCCCUUGCCAAGUUAUGUGGUUCCACCAGAUGGUAAUGGAAGUUUCUUUCCAUGUUUUCCUUACUUUUUUAAUUCUUUGAAAACCUGUUUGCCUGUGGCCGGUCAAAGCAGAAUGUGCUAGGUAGAUAAUUUAUUCAGAUUGCAAAUAACUUUGAUUACUGUAGUGUAGAUUGUCCUUUUAGUGCAACGUACACAUGGUCCUGGCUCACGUGGCUUGCAUCAGGGGUCCCAAGAAGACUAAUAGAUUUGGGUCUCCAGCUGUUUUUGGACUACAGCUUCCAUCAUUCCUAGCUAGCAGGGCCAGUGGGCAGGGAUGAUGGGAACUGUAGUCCAAAAACAACUGGGGACCCAAGUUUGAGAAACACUGCUCUAGACCAAUAAGGAUACUUUGAACACUGAAAAGAGUCUUCUAGGGAAGAUGAUAAUAUGAAAUUUGACCAGCUGUUGCAUUUGUCUUGAUACAUGGAUGAUCUGAAUAGCGCUUCAUGAAGCUUAUAGUUCUUUGCUAAUGAAAAGUGUUGUGUCUAACAUCUUGAUCUGCAUGACUUACGUGUAAACCCCCGCUACAAAAUGUAACCCAGUGAACAGAAAUCAUUCUUGUUUUUUUUGGAGAGGGGUGGGUUUCCUGUAUUGCAAAAAGCAUAUAAGAGUGAUACACAGUGUAAUAACACACUCAUGAAAACUUGAAUCACGUGCACUUUUUAAUGUAUUUACAUAUACAGGUGCUGUGUUUAGAAUCUGCUGUGCAUGUAAAUAAUGCAGUUUAAUACAUGUUAAUAAAUAAGGCUCGCUAAUUCAUUGGAAUUCAAUGAAAGAUAGAUCACUGAGUAUGGUAAAACAGUUGGUGGAUUCAGUAAGAAUGCUUUUCCAUUAAGCAGUAAAAUACAUCCGUAAACAAACCAAAUAUAAUAGGUACAGCUGAAAAGAACCCGCUGUAACCUGAUGAAUAGCAUUAUCAAUAUUCCUAAGUACCAUGCUUAUUUAUCAUAGAUUCCAAAAUACACCUUCCUGUCUGACAGGCUUCUAGAAUUGCAUCUUAAUCAUAACAGAGGCCAUGCUAGAAAUAGUGCUCAGUUUCUAGACACCACCUCAUGUGUGAUAAGUUCGGAAAAGUUACUGAAAUGCAUUACCAGUGAAGGUUUUAUAACUUUAUAAAACAGUUUAUAGUUAAAAUACCUUAAACACUUCCUUUCCCCCCAGAAUAAUUUAAUAUGGUCUAAUCACUGUAGCUCUGCAAAGAUUUGAGUAAAAUAAUGCAACUCUGCAGACGUUGUAUAUCAGCUAAUACAAUAUUGCAAUUCAGUUGAUUGGGAGAAAUAGGAUUGCUUAGACUAGUCUGCCAUAUUUUGAAACACCGACUUGGAAUAUGAGCUUUUUUUAAAAAAUCAGUUAAUUGAGGCUAUAAACCUGGAAAGGAAAUAUGGGCCUUUUUUCAGCUUUGCUUAUUAUAUUAAAUGCUUGCUGCAAAUUGAGUUAUUCAGUUUGUUGUGGAUUGGUCUGGAAACCCGUUUUUUAAAUUUUCCUUAGUCGUGGAAUGAUAUGUCUGGCGAUAAUCAGUUUCUUUCUGCUGACAGUCCUUGAAAUAAGUUCACAUAGAUAAUUUCAAGUAAACAACUCUCCCCUGCUGGCAGGAGGAAGCUUUGGUAAAUUGAGUGCUAAUAACUGCUGAACAAAACUCUGGACUGAUCACCAGAGAAGUAAUUUCCUAGCCCUAUUUAUGUGUUAUCCGGGUGUAGGAUACUUGCAUGGUGUAGCAGGUCUGUGUUGGUGUGUUGCCCCUGGCACUUCAUCCCUUGGCCAGCCAUGCUGCCUGACAUCUUUGCAUUGAGUGCAUAUGUCAGAGGAGCUGCUAUGCACAAACAGCUGCUUGUGUAUAGGGGCUCCAUGCCAUAUGCCUGAACUCAGUGUGUGAAAUUCAGGAUGGAACCAGCCUAGGGACGUGAUGCCAGGGGCGGAGUAAUGUUUUGACUAAGCAGGGACAAAAAUGGGUUGUUGGCCCUCCCAGCCCCCUGCUGAAAAAGUUUGCUGACCCCUGGACUAUAGGAAAUGAAGUGCUUUUAAUUGGACUAGGACUGGUGGAUUAGGGAUGUUGUCCUCUGCUCUUCGAAAUCCACAUUUGCAGGAUCCUUUUGUGGUCUACCACAGCCUGAUUUCUUUAGUCUUUUGUCCUGGCCCCAUUCCCUCUGUUUAUAAAGUCUCAUGGUCUCCCACUGCCUUCUCCGGCGUUCUUAUAUUAAUGUAAACCAUGACCUGUUCAAGCACCCAUUUCUGUGCAGUGGUCAUCAUGGUACUGGUAUUGCAGUAAUGCUAAAGAGGAAGGCAUUGGGGUAGCUGCAUGGCAGCUCUUAACCACCUCCUACAUCCCUCUUUGUAGUUUUGCUUUUCAGUAACUUAAGUUUUUUUGUGUUGUUACUGUUUUUGGUAAAAAUUGAACCCUUUGUUGCUUCCUGCAGUAUUAAAGAUUGUAAAUGGCAAGAGAAGAAUAUAGUCGUGAUGGAAGAAGUUGUCAUUGCCCCUCCAUACCAAGUGGAAAACUGUAAAGGCAAAGAGGGGAGUGCCCUAAGUCAUGUACGCAAAAUAGUAAGUAGACCGAUGCCUGUGGACUGUGGGAGGGCAGGAGGAAAGAGGUAUGACUCAAAAGACUGACUCAAGUUGUGCCAGCAGCCAUACUCUGCAUUGAAUUGUCUAGGCCUCCCACCUGCCUUCAGCGUUCGCUGCUAGGUUUUGUUUGGCUAAAGAUAUCCUUUUGUCCCAAUUGUGUGCUGUUUCUUUGGUGAAAUGGAGAGUGGUUUAAAACCUGGACUAUUGAUUCUGUCCGUAAAACAGAAUGGAAUUUUCAUUGUGGUAAAAGUUGGAUUUCCAGUGUGUUCCAUUCAAGUUAACUUCGGACCGUGACAAACAUCAUAUUGGCACCUUUGUGUGCAUGUGUGUGCGCGCAUUCCCAGAACGCACUUUUGCCCGUGUGGCAGUGGAGUGGGGAGGCACGUACGCUCUGGCCCUGGGUGGACUUCAAAGCCUUGGUCUCUGCUGUUUGUGCAGUCGCGGGAAGAAGAGUUGUCAUUGGCUAUAGGCUACCUUGUAAAUCCCGCCGUAGCCUGCGGUUCAGCUAAGGUCAUCCACCGUUAGGUUUCUUGAUAUGGGACCUGCUGCGUCUGGCCAGCACUAAUGCCCUUGCCUCCUUCUCCAUCCAGGUCGAGAAACAUUUUAGAGAUGUCGAAAGCCAAAAGGUGAUGCAGCGUUCACAAGUCCAGCCAACACAGAAGGAAAGCGCCCUCUCGUCCUGAGUCCCACCUGCCCUUCCUGGUUGCUACAGAUUGCUCCUGCGGGGGGUGGGGGUGGGGGGAGCCCUUCCAACACGCAGCAGCAGAUGACACAGACUUCUUCAAAAUGAGGUCGGGGGAGGGCAGGGGGGGUCCACUUCUAUUUUGUGGCGGCCCUGUAAUGAUGGGACCCACAGCUUCUGAACUUUAGACUUCAAAAAACAAGAGAAUAAUUUAAAAACUCAUUCAUUACUUG